GUUCAGCUGCUGGAUAUAAAUGGCCGUAUUCCUGUUAAACGAAUGUAAAUUCAACAACUGCGGUUUGUGCUUCAAAAACCUUUACGAUCUCAUCCAGCACAUCGAAGACAAUCACAUAGAUACUGAUCCUAAACCGAUUGAGCUGAUUGAUCGCACUGAACAACAAUGCUUGCCGCUCAGUUGUGUUAUGCGGUUUUUCAGCGAGAAUGUAAACAAAACCGACAUCGAACCAGCAGAACCUGUCAUCCAGCCCAAAACCAGUAUUUUACCACCAGCACCCAACAUAUUCCAUCGACCAUUACGAACUGGUUAUGAAUCUGAUAAAGGAGAAGCUGAAAACCUUGAUCAUAUUGGUGACAGCAGUGACUCAUGGUCUACUACAUCAGAUGCAAUCGAUGACGCUCAUAAAAAUGGUUCCAAUUUGCAACAGAAAGUUAAGAUAGAGCAGCCAAUAAGACCAUUUGCUUGCCCAAUUCCGGGUUGUACCAAAAGGUAUAAAAAUGUUAAUGGAAUAAAGUAUCAUGUUAAAAAUGGGCAUACGAACGGAAAAGUUCAUAAGAAGUACAAAUGUCACUGCGGCAAAAGUUAUGUGUCUAUUCAAGGACUCAAAUCGCAUGCAAAUGGUAUGCAUGCUGGCACCAAGAUGACAUGGUUAACAAUGCACAACGGUGAAACUAUUCAGGUGCCUGCCACUCCACUUUCACCUGAUACUGUGCCCAUGCGUGCAGUCACGUUGAAACACGUGCCACGCACCACUGCAGAUGCAAACCUGCCACCUAAAACAUUAGUCAUCACCAAACCUCCUCCGUCCAACAUUGAACCUCCCAUUGUUGAAUCAUAAUAAUAAUGCAGGGGAAGUUUAUAAAAACGUAUUCCUAUAUAGUAAAAAUUACCAGGAGUUCCAAAAGUCAGUCGUCAUAUUUAAUGUCUCGUCGCUUGAUUUUUUUUUUUUUUAAUUUGAACUAAUUAUUUUAGUUUAUUAUACUUACACAAACAUUGUUUGUUAAUAAAUAAAUAAAAACGAAUGUUCGAGUGUGUAAUAUUCAGAAAAUAUGUUUAGUUCUGUCUUGUGUAGUUGGAUGUCUAGGACUAAAGCAUUUUUAAAGCUUGUGCAUUCGUAUUUUGUUUUAUGUCGAGCUGUGUAUAGUAUAUGUUACCUUAAAGACUUGAUUUCUGUUAAAAGAGUCAAAUAUUGUUAACAAUAAAGUUAUAUAUUUAAAAUAAAUAAACUGUUAUUUUAAA